CUCCUUCACUCACUUGUCAGUAAUAAAAUUUGUCUUUCUUUCUGCUCCCAAGUGGUUUUGAAAGGCCUCAAAGUUCUUGGAUAUUUCAUAACGAUAAUAUCAUGUCAGCAAUCCAGAAGAUAGGUGACUCAACAUAUAUCUUUCUCGACAUCAAAGACAAUACUCUCGAUGAUAUUGACAAGGCUUCAUGUUCGAACAAAAGACUGAAUAACUACCAUCCUCCACGCUACGGGCUUAGGAUUCUUGACAGACUUCCUCUUGAAAUCAUACAAAUGGUGCUCAUGCGGCUUGAUAUACGGUCGCUUACUGAUUUUCGACAAGUUAAUAGGAAAGCCAGACUGGUAACAGACUCAAUCCCACAAUAUAGACAGAUCCUCACACACGCACCGGCAUUGUUUCGUAGGUGUCUCAACAUAGAGUCUGCAAGAUUCUUUUCAUGUCAGGAGUUAUAUAAUCAACUGUGUACAGCGGAGUGUGACAGCUGCGGCGACUUUGGCGGGUAUCUAUAUUUGAUCACAUGUCGCCGCGUCUGUUUUCUAUGUUUCACCGAGAAGGUUGAUUAUCUUCCUUUGCUUCGGAAGGAUCUGACAAUCCACUUUGGACUCCAUUCCAAGAAUUUGACGGGCUUGCCCUGUAUGAGAAGCUUUCCUGGGCGUUAUUCGCCUAGAGGAAUCAAAUGUCAAAGACGCCAAAUCUUAUUUGAUUAUUCCUCUGCACGACAAGCUGGGGUAGCUGUCCAUGGCUCAAUCGAAUCCAUGGAAAAAUACGCAUUGCAAAUGGCAUCAAAGAGGUCGAACAAAAAUAAUUCAGAUCUGCCUUAUGGCAGGACAGGUGAAAUCUAUGUGCGCCGUUCCAGAUCUGAAUGUCCUGUCGAUGGAAAAUGUUCCAAUCCCAGACGCUUCAUGAGCAUCAUAUCUGCUCCGUACCUCGGAGAACAAUUGGCAACCGCUGAAUGGGGGGUUCAUUGUGUUGCUUGCAAACCUCAUCAUUACGGUCGGCCGCUUCAUUGGCGACGCAAAUAUACAAUAAAAGGGUUCCAGGGGCAUGUUAGAGAAUGUGGAGAAAUUAUAAGUGGACGUCAUGUUUGCAAUCAAGCUGAAAUGCGGUGAAAUAUGAAGUGAUGGUGAAUACCUAGCAUGUAUCUUCAGUGAUUUCAGCCACUAUUAUAUCAGUAUCUAAGUUUAGCCUUCUCUGAGAUAUCUCCCUUGGGACCGCGGCGGCUACGCAGG